AUGGCUUCCGCCGCUGGCGCCGAGAUACUCGAUGACAAAAGCCAGAUUUGCAUCCCCUUCAUACUGGAGCGGCUGCAAUCGCACCUGCAGUCGGGGUCCACGCGGCCCUUCAUCAUCGGUUUGAACGGCGUGCAAGGCGUCGGUAAGACGACGCUGGUUAGUAGGCUCGCCGAGGCAUUGCGCCAGGAUGAGGGUCUUGAGACCUUGGUAUGCAGCAUUGACGACUUUUACCUGGCGCACGACGAUCAGGUCGCGCUCGCAGAGUCCAUGCCGGACAACGCGCUGGUACAGGUCAGGGGCGAACCGGGGACUCAUGAUAUGAAUUUGGCCAAGGACUUCUUCGCGGCAAUCCUAAGCGGCAGCCCUACGCGGGUUCCUCAAUAUGACAAGUCUCUAUUCUCAGGGCAGGGGGACCGUCUACCGCGCUCCAGCUGGCCUGAGGUUAAUGCUCCGGGGCAGCCCAAAGUACAAGUCGCCAUCUUCGAAGGCUGGUGCGUCGGGUUCCGCUCGCUCUCACCCACUGAGGUGGGCGUCAAGUAUAACGGGCCAUCACGGACCCUCAAGUCCCACGACCCAAUGCACUUGCAGUUCAUCAAUGCGAAGCUGGGAGCGUACGAUGGCAUUACUAAUCUGUUCGAUGCCUUCAUUCACAUCGAUGCCGAGAAUAUAGAGUAUGUCUACGACUGGCGAUUGGAGCAAGAGGUCAUGUUGCGGGCGCAGCGUGGCACUGGCAUGAGCAACGAACAAGUUAUACGCUUUGUCGAUGCCUAUUAUCCUGCAUAUGAGUUGUUUACGGAUAAAUUGCGCAGCGGUGUGUUCGCUGACAAGCUGCGGUGUCAGCUAAGACUGGUGGUUGGUAAGGAUAGACGCGUAAUGGAAACAAUCAUCAUCUGA